GGCUACAAAACGCUUCAAAACAAUCUUGGUGGUUGCGAGAAAAUUGUAGGUAAUUUCGUGAAGAUUUUGACUGAGAUGAUCGAAGAACACGACGACAGAGAAACAAUAUGCGAUUCGGUGAAUUCAUUAGUAGAAGGAUGUCGUUUACCGGUGAGAAUGAAUGGAACGGAAGAUUGGCCCCUUGCCGAGAUUAUCAGUAUAAAAGACGUUCAAGGUUUAAAAUGUUAUUACAUUCAUUAUGUAGAUUUCAACAAAAGGUUAGACGAAUGGGUUACAGAAGACUGUUUAGAUACUCGAAAAGUUCAAUUUCCACGAAGAGAUGGAGCAACUGCACCAGGGACUGGAGCAGCUACUCCAAAAAAGCAAAUACCUAGCAGGCCACAGAGUCCAAGUAUUAUUAAUAAUGAGCCAGUAAAUGGUUCGGCUGUACUUCAAGCGGCAUUACAAAAGAAAAUGGCUAGGAAAAGGAAAGCGACUUUUAUAGAAAAUGAAGAUUCUCAAGACGGAGCACCACAGCAUCCUCCAGCUGGUCCUCGACCUACGGGUUCGUUAGUUGCCCAUCAUCACGAUGAUGUAGUCACUAGGAUGAAAAACAUAGAAUUAAUUGAAUUAGGCAGACAUCGAAUAAAACCUUGGUACUUCAGUCCUUAUCCACAAGAAAUGGUUAAUCUUGCUUGUAUAUAUAUUUGUGAAUUUUGCUUAAAGUAUCGUAAGAGUCGAAAGUGUUUAGAAAGACAUUUAGCAAAAUGCAAUUUGCGACAUCCACCAGGUAAUGAAAUAUACAGAAAAGGGUCUAUAUCAUUUUUUGAAAUAGACGGAAGAAAAAAUAAGAAUUAUGCACAAAAUCUCUGUCUACUAGCAAAGUUGUUUCUUGAUCAUAAAACACUGUACUAUGAUACGGAUCCAUUUUUGUUUUAUGUAAUGACAGAAUUUGAUAGUCGGGGAUUUCAUAUAGUAGGCUAUUUCUCCAAAGAAAAAGAGUCGACAGAAGAUUAUAAUGUUGCGUGUAUUCUUACAAUGCCUCAGUUUCAAAGGAAAGGUUAUGGUAAACUACUAAUAGAAUUCUCUUAUGAACUUUCUAAAUUUGAGGGGAAAACUGGUUCUCCAGAAAAACCACUAUCGGAUUUGGGAUUAUUAUCUUACCGAAGUUAUUGGGCACAUACGAUAUUAGAUAUUCUACUUAAUGUCAAACCUGUUAUCGAUAACGAAAAGCCACAAAUUACGAUAAAUGAAAUUUGUGAACUUACUUCUAUUAAAAAAGAAGAUGUGAUCUCAACUUUACAAAAUCUUAAUCUUAUUAAUUAUUAUAAAGGACAAUAUAUUGUUACUUUAAAUAGGGAUAUCAUUGACCAGCAUACAUCAGCUAUGGAUAAAAGAAAGAUAAGAAUAGAUCCCAAAUGCUUACAUUGGACACCAAAAGAUUGGAGUAUACGAGCAAAAUGGUGAAAUAAUUCUUUCAAGGACAAUAAAGUAAUACUAAUUUCUCACGGAAAUCGCUAAAUAAAUUUAUAGAAGUGACUGCGUAAGAUAUGAAUGUACAAAUUUGUACAUAAGUCGCAUACCUAGCAUUUUAAAGAGACUGCAUCUGGCUUGUUUCAAGAGUUGAGAGAAUAAUUCUUAAAUGGCCAGAAACGAAGUUUUAAUACAGUGACUCGAUUUUUUUUUAAAAGCAACUCGAACAGAAUAACUCAUAAAUCGUUAUAUCGAUCAUCAUCAGUGAUCGAUGAUUUGUACAGAGACUCAUAAAUAGUGUAGAAAUGUAAAUAAAUGUGAUUUUAUAUAAAAAGAUA